AGUGUGCGUGUGUGUGUGUGUGUGUGUGUGUGUGCGCGCGCGCGUUGUGUGGCGGGGGGUGAAGUCUGGCAGCUGGGUGGGUUUGGCGAGCCUUCUAGCGCAGACGCGGAGUCAGGCCUCCACGGGUUGGGGCUGGAGUGGACUAGGCGGGGGCCGAGUUGAGUGGGUGGCAGCUCUUAGAGGUUCCAGAUUGCCUAAGGGCGGAGUUUGACGUUUGGUGUGGGCGGCAAAGCUCCGGGAGGCAGUCCCGUGCGGCAGGGCGGUGGGUUUGACUGUGGGGUAGGGGUGAGGUGAAUGGGGUUGCAGAGGCCCUGGGUUUACCCCAUGGAGAAACAGUAUCAACUGAAGGGCAAGAUGAGCUUAGGGACAAAGUAGAUGAAGGGGUAGACAGACCUUCCCGGAUGAAGUAGGGUAACUUUGGGGUGAAGUGUGGAGGAGUGUAAAUUCAGGGGAUGCUUAAAAGGUGCUGGGGGUUUUGUAAAUCGAGGAGUUGGUUAAGACCAGAGCUCAGGUGACAGAUUAGCUGUUGGGAUGGGGUAACAGGAAAAGAUAGGAGGAGGCAGGUUUGGGAUGUCCGGAGUGAGAAUACCCCGCGUUUUGUGAGAGAACGGAGGAAGUGGAGAGCGGUGGUGGGGUGGGCUAGGGAGGACCAGGGGCGGGGAGAGGGGGGAACCAGCCCUUCAUGAGAUCUUUUGUGCCUCUCCAGCACGGUAGCCUGGCGGGCAAGGCAGGGGCCAUGGCCCUGAUCGAAGGGGUGGGUGAUGAGGUGACGGUCCUGUUUGCGGUGCUGGCCUGCCUGCUGGUGCUGGCACUCGCCUGGGUCUCCACACACACCGCCGAGGGGACUGACAGUACGCCCCAGCCCUCAGCCGUCCCGUCGCCGGGCCAAGUCAUGACAGCCCCUGACAGCAUCCAAGCAGAGGCCCCAGGUGCCGAGACCUCCAGCCUGAGACACAGAGGCCCAGCUGCACAGCCCGAGCCUGGUCCAGGGGUCACAGCAGCGGCACCACCCCCGGACUCCUCACAGGAACCCCUCGUGUUGCGGCUGAAAUUCCUCAAUGAUUCAGAACAGGUGGCCAGGGCCUGGCCCCACGACACCAUUGGCUCCCUGAAAAGGACCCAGUUCCCCGGCCAGGAACAGCAGGUACGACUCAUCUACCAAGGGCAACUGCUAGGAGACGACACACAGACCCUCGGCAGCCUUCACCUCCCCCCCAACUGCGUCCUGCACUGCCACGUGUCCACGAGGGUCGGUCCCCCACAUGCCCCUUGCCCGCCGGGGUCAGAGCCAGGCCCCUCCGGGCUGGAGAUCGGCAGCCUGCUGCUGCCGCUGCUGCUGCUACUGUUACUCCUGCUGUGGUACUGCCAAAUCCAGUACCGGCCCUUCUUCCCCCUGACCGCCACUCUGGGCCUGGCAGGCUUCACCCUACUGCUCAGUCUCCUGGCCUUCGCCAUGUACCGCCCGUAGUGCCUCCAAGGGCCCUCGGCAGCAUCGCCGGCCCCUCUGGACGUUGCUCCCCACGGCACAGUGGGAACUGCUGUCUGCCCAGGCCCACGCCUGCGGCCUGCCUCUUCCCGCUCCCUUGGAGCCCAGCCCUUCGCCGCCGAGGGCUCCGGGGGCUGGUGGAACCCCCUGCCUCUGAGCAGCACGGCUCGGGGAUCCCUCCUAGGGCUGCUGGCCCUCAGCCCUCGCUGACAGUGGGCCCCUCGGGAUCAGACACCUGCUGUCGCUGCCUUGGCCCUGGGCAGAGCCAGACCACUCCCUUGGGCCCAUCUUAGUGUUCUGCCUGUGGACCCAAGCCAUUGGGCUGAUUUAGGGACGCACGGACAGUGGUGGGAUGUGACCGGGGCCGAGGUCAAUGACAUGUGUGCAGAUUAAAGUAACUGUGAAAUUUUCA